AUGGCAGUCAGAGUUGCAGUUAUAGGUGCAGGCCCUGGUGGCCUGGUGGCCCUCAAGACCUUACUAGAGGCAUCGACGCCGGAAAAACAGAUCGAGGCUUGUCUAUUUGAAGCCGAAGCAGAUAUUGGUGGUACAUUCAACUAUCGAUCCUACCAGAAUGCAGAACUGGUAAGCAGCAAGCAGUUGACGACCUUUUCGGAUCACCGCCUGCCGCUAGAUACUCCGGACCAUAUCUCACUGCCUGAAUAUGUGGAUUACCUCCGGUCUUAUGUUCGCAGAUUUAAGUUGGGGAACCAUAUCAAGCUAAACAGCCCCGUUGUGCGUGUCGAGCGACUUCUAGACGGCUCCCAGUGGAAACAUCGAGUGACCUAUCUGGAGACAGACGCCGAAGAGAAGCAGGAAAGGGUUUAUGAUUGCUCCCAUAUCGCUAUUUGCACCGGAUUACAUGUUGAACCCAAUAUUCCAUCGAUCCCCGGAAUUGAGAAUAUCAACGGAGAUGUGUUUCAUUCAGCACUUUACAAAGAUCGCUCUCAGGUGGCAGGUCGGAAUAUCUUAAUCCUGGGAUGUGGUGAAACGGCCAUGGAUAUUGCCUACGAAUCCAUCAAAGCCGAUGCCAAAUCCGUCACGAUGUGCUUCCGGACUGGGUUUCUCUCUUUUCCCAAGUCACUCAGUCGCUUUCAGGUAUUCGGCAAGACUUUCAGUGGAGGUCUUCCCAUUGACGGCCUCAUCACAAAUCUAUUCGAGACCGCAUACGUGCACCGGGCGAUCGCUCAGAGCAGGUUACGCUGGUUCGUCUCUGACUUUGUCAUCAAGCGAGUUCUGUGGUUCCUGACUGGCACCCAAGCUGGUAUGAACCAGCAUAUCGGUGGUCUUCCUCGUGAACGACUAGGCAGGGCUUUUGUGUUCCUCAACAAGAGUAAUAAGGCGAUGCCCUAUCUCAACCGGCCCUACCAGCGACAUAACCCUUUCUUAGCCUGUAUUGGGAAUCGCUAUAUUGACCCGCCAGAAGAUGCAAACUCCGACCGAGUAGUCGAUACUUGCACAUGGCCGGAGUCCAUCGAUGAGACAGGAAGAGUUACUUUUCAGGAGAUUCCCAACCGCAAGGAUUGGCAGCGUCUGAAGAACAGGGUUAUCAAGCCAGACUGUGUGGUCUACUGCACUGGGUACAAACAAACAUUCCCAUACCUCGAUAGGACAUAUCCCACGUCAGCAGAUGCCAAAAUUCGAAACAUAAUUCAUCCAUCCCACCAAGAUAUCGCCUUCAUUGGCUUUGUCAGACCCGGCGUCGGUGCCAUCCCCCCGAUUGCUGAACAGCAAGCCAUGUGGUGGACUGCCCUUAUUACAGGCCAAAUGACAAUGCCGACGGACCCUCCACACUAUCAUCUUUUGGCGGCCAAGAGGUCUCGCAUACAAUAUGGGGUCGACCACAGCGCCUACAUGAGUACGCUCGCUCGCGACUUCGGCGGGGCUCCGGGGCUGAUAGAGCUAUAUCGUCACCACGGAUUGCGCAUUCUACUUACCUAUUGCUUCGGUGCGUCUUUUGUCACAUUCUACCGAUUACUCGGCCCCUUCAAGUCGCCUGUUGCGCCGGAGAUUGCGGGAACAGAAUUAGCGGAGACAAUUCUUCGACGUGGAAUCAUUGGGAAUAUCUUCUUUGGGCUUAUACCUAUGUUGUUUUAUGGGAUGAUCAAUACAGUGGCCUUUUUACUCGAAAAGGUUGGGUUGAUACCUGCGGAGAGCAAGGUGGGCUGUAACUGGGCCGAGGGAAAUUAUGAGUAG